GUACAGUGAACUAAUAGGAAAAAUGGAAGAAAGGGCAAUUAUAUAGGAGAGAAAAUAUACGUUUUCUUUUUCUUUCUUGGGAAUAAAUUCAACCUAAUCCUUAAGCCUACCAGAACUAGGGGUAACUGAAAUCGAAUUGCAGCAGUAAGAAUGCCGUUGAAGGUGUUGGACGCAACCAUAGCAACUUUUGAUGGAGUUUUCGAAAAGUUUAGAGCAGAGUCGCCCAUAAACAAAGCUAAUUUCAUCCUAUUCCUGGCUGAUAUAGACCCUUCUACCAACCUUAGUUGGUGCCCUGAUUGUGUAAGAGCUGAACCUGUGAUAUACAAGAAACUGGAAGCAUCAUCUGAUAAUAUAGCACUGCUGAGGGCUUAUGUCGGGGACAGACCGACUUGGAGGACUCCACAGCACCCAUGGCGAGUAGAUGGGAGGUUCAAACUCAAAGGGGUUCCAACCUUCAUCCGGUGGGAAAAUGAUGCAAUCAAAGGUCGACUUGAAGACCAUGAAGCACACAUUGAUCACAAAAUUGGUUCCCUUCUGAAUUAAAAUUAAGUGUCCCAUUACUUCAAGGGGAUACUUUAGAUUAUGAGAGUGUCUUAAUAAAAUAUGUCGAGCGUGAUUGGCCGUGAAUAUGAUGACUCCAGUGCUAGUGGUAGCGGCAAAAACUAGUGCUUCUUGUUUUACUCUUGCUUUCUCGGUGAUAAAUUCGUUUACCUUUUAAUGUUAUUUUGGAAAAAUGUAUUUCAUGAGUAUUAUUUAUAUUUUUGACGUUUAUUGUCCAAGAAUUAAGUUGUGUUGGUGUUGUUGCUCUUCUUCUCCUUGCAAUUGAAGUCCAGUGUUCAGUA